ACUGUGUCAUAAAUAAUUGUUGUAUCAUAAACUUGUUCAAUAUUUAUAUAAAAAAUUAUAAUUUUUAGAUAAAAAAACAAUAAAGGAAAUUGAAAAUUAAGCUGAGUUGUGCUAUGGUAAUUGAGUAUUUGAAAUUUCAUUGAGACAACUAAAGAUUCUUCAAUAUGAGGCGAUCACAUUCUGGUGGUUAUGGAUAUGAACCAGUUCCAACAACUUCCCAUAAUCUUCUUGAAGAUGAAAAUGAACAACUUGAAGAUGAACUUCAACAUAAAAUUCAUGCACUUAAAACCCUGAGUAUUGAUAUUGGUGCUGAGGUUAAAUAUCAAGACAAAUUACUCAGAGGAAUUGACGAUGAUUUUGAAAGAACAAGUGGCUCAUUGACAUCAUCAAUUUCAAGAGUUGUCAGGAUGGCUAAAGCUAGUCAUAACUAUUACAUUCUCUACCUCUUUUUAUUUUCUAUAUUUGUAUUUUUUGUACUCUGGAUUAUUCUUAAAUUCAAGUGACCCUAUUCUUGAUUUAAAUUUAAUUCUAAAUCAAUUAUGUUUUAUUUAAAUAAAUCUAUCUAAUGAUUAAUAAAUUAUCCUGAUUAUCUGAUUAUAAUACAAAAUUAACAAGAAAUAUAUUUUUAAAACUUUUAUGUGUAAAUAAAUUAUCAUUUCUUUUUGUUGUUCAAA